AUGGGUACCUUCACCUUGAUUUUCCAGUCAAAUCAGCGUCUGAUACCUUUGAAAAUUACCACCGUGCAUUUAUUUCCGUCAAAUUCAGGACUAGUGGGCGGCGCUUGGGUUGAGGCACCGCACGUUUCAUCCAAGGGUAAAGUGAUCGCCUGGGACGUGAUGUUCGCCCCUGGUCGGCCAUUCGCCACCGAUAUGGCCGGAUUUGCAAUCAACGUCAAAGAGCUGUUCAGAGCUCGAGUUGCUUCGUUUAACCAUGAUACUGUGCCAAAGACCUACAAACAAUUAGGCCUUCUGAAUCGUGUUUUCCUUCGCUCAGUCCGGAUUCAGAAGGAUAGACUCGAACCAAUUCGCGCUACAAUGACUUAUCCGAAGGAGAUUCUGGUCUGGCAUACAAGAACAUCCAAGUCGAAAACAAGAGGGCCUAAACGUGGCUACGCUAUAGAGUCAAGUGACUGA